UGUCACCAUGGGCACCGGCGCGGGCAGGCGAUAGGCUCCGACGGAGUGUACGGAAUACGAGACUUACCAAAUUCUUACUUAAAAGAUUUUAAGUCAACUCGUUAAACAGUUUAAAAUAUUCUUAAGUCGUAAAAUACUGUAUAUAGCAGUUUAAUUUAAGACGUUUAAAAUGAAGAAGUAUUACAUGUUGUUUGGUGAAGGGAGUAAAGUUAAUCAAAUAAUAUGUGCUGUUUUAAUCAACCUACCCGUGUUCGCGUACGGUGCCGCCAUAGGCUGGAUGUCGCCAAUGACCUUACUGCUGCAGUCCAAAGACUCGCCCACAGAGACCCCACUCACUGACAGCGAGGUAUCAUGGAUGGCAGCGGUGUCGUACUUGAUGUGUGUGAUCUUCGACUUCGUGAUGGCGUUCUUGUGCGACCGCAUCGGCAGGAAGCUGACGCUUAUCUUCAUGUCAGCCAUGGGCGCUGUCUGCUGGAUCAUAAAGCUGUCCUCUCUAAGCACGUGGGCCUUCAUCGUGGCGCGCGCGGCGGUGGGCGUGACCAUGGCGGGGGCCUACGUCACCUGUCCGCUUUACACCAAGGAGAUCAGUGAAGACAGCAUCCGGGGGGUGCUGGGGACUCUGGUGAUCUUGUUCCACACGACGGGCAACCUGUUCCUCUACGUGAUCGGGGACUACUUCAGCUACCAAACCAUCCUGUGGGUCUGUCUGUCUCUGCCCACAGUCCACUUGGUGUUGUUCAUGAUGAUGCCCGAGUCGCCUUCCUUCUUAGUGCGCAGUGGGAAGGAGGAGGAAGCGAAGCGGGUGCUGGCGUGGCUGCGGUGCCGUAACGUAGAUGACAUCAAAGUCUUCAGGGAGCUUCAGACGAUCAAGGACGAACAGACUAAGGACGAGAAGAGCAGCAACUUCGUACUUAAAGCAGUGUUAACCGACAAGAUCCUGUUCCGCGCCUUCCGCAUCGCGAUGGUGGCGUCGCUCUCCCGCGAGGUGUGCGGUUCGGUGCCCGUGCUGAACUUCGCGGGAGACAUCUUCAACAUGGCCUCGGCGGGCUCCGGGCUGGCGUUGACGCCCAACCAGCAGGCCAUGAUGCUGGGAGCGGUGCAGGUUGCCGGGUCAGCUCUAGCUUCAAGCAUUGUCGAGAAGACUGGGAGAAAGCCCCUCCUCUUCUCCACAUCGCUGGUGUCCGGGCUGAGCAUGUGCGGGCUCGCGACGUACUUCUUCGCGAAGCAGCUCGGCUUCUUCGCGCCCGACUGGCUGCCCAUCUUCACGCUGUGUCUGUGCAUCUUCUGCGACGCUGCCGGCUUGCAGCCCGUCUCUGUUGUGCUCACUAGCGAAAUAUUCUCAUUUAAGUACCGAGGCACAGUGAUGGCCACAACAAUGGCCACAUCGUCCCUAGCUGACUUCCUCCAGAUGCUCUUCUUCAAGCCCCUGGCCAACAUCGUGGGCAUCCACGUCGCCUUCUACUUCUUCGGCUUCGUCUGCAUUAUCUCUUCCAUCUAUGUGCUCCUGGUGAUCCCGGAGACCAAGUCGAGGAGCUUGGAGGAGAUCCACCUGGACCUCCGGACGAAGAAGGAGAAGGCGGCAGACGAUGCCGCCAACUUGAAGAAGAUAGAAGCUUUAGCGUGAAUAGAUUGCAAGGAAUACCAAAAA